CUGACAAAUGACGUUUAUCAACUGGAUAAUUUGUUGAUAUUCUAUGCCCCCCACCAUUACUUUGGCUCCUCCCAGUUGACCAAUCAUUUUCCCCAAAAAUCCAAAUUGAAAAAGAUCAACCGUCAACAACCGACAUAAAUUAAAGUGACUGUUUAUGUGGUGUUUUUUCAUGUUUUACACAAUUUUAUAACAAAUAUUGUAUUACUUUUAUAUUAUUUUAUACAUAGCGAAAAAUGCCUCCAACAAAGACAAAAAUAAUGCCAACUGGCAUCACAGUACGCAACAUUAUCCCAACAAGAACCAAAACUGGAAUUCCGCUACCAAAUGAACUGAAAAACACGAUAAGCAGUAAACGAAAAGCAGACGCUUCUCCAUCCAAAGAGAACAAACAGAAUAAAAGAAUUGCAUUUGGAGAGAGGAACAUUAAUGUAGCUGAUAAUCAGAUAAACAAAGGUAGCAAACAAGUAGAUGAAAAGGAAAAAGAUGUCAAAAAGGCGGUUGUGAUGACGAAUGCAAAGAAACUUACAGUACAGGUGAAAAAGCUUCCUUCUGUAAAAACUGUAGUAAAACCAAGACAAAAUGAAAAUUUGCCGCCUCCCGCCGCACCAGUACAGAAAAUUGUCACAAGAGGUGCUCAAAGAAGGGAGGUGGUCCCAGAUCAGACUGCCUUAAAGGCGCCUAAGGAGACGGCAAAGGAUAGUAGCAAUGUUAAUAAGGGCAAAAGGCUCAGCAAUGAAUUUGAAAAGACUGAGGAAACGCUGUAUUGUACGGCUCUUGAAGAAAUUAAUGAAAGUGUUGCUUCUACCUACUUCAGCGCGAAGAAAUCCCAACACAACCUCAGAUCAGCAAAUAAGAUGGUGGAACCUCCGUCAAAUUCAGCCAGAAGGCCAUCGGGCGUUUCAUUAGUGGCAAAACAAAUUGAAGCUAAGCUGAAUUUGAGUGAUAGUGAAGUGCCUGAAGGUGUCGAUAACUUUGACAAGGAAAAUUGGAAUGAUGUGUUACAAGUGUCACAUUACGCGAUGGAUAUUUUCAACUACCUCAAAGAAAGAGAGACAUUGUUUCAAAUCUGUGAUUAUAUGGACAGGCAGAUCUGCUUGACAAAAUGGAUGCGUUCCCUGCUUGUUGACUGGAUGGUUGAAAUUCAGGAGAGUUUUGAACUGAACCACGAAACUUUAUAUGUCGGUGUAAAGCUAGUUGACAUGUAUUUAAGCAAAAUGACAGUGUCUAGAGAGACGCUGCAAUUAGUGGGAGCCGCAGCGAUGUUUGUAGCCAGCAAAUACGACGAAAGGAUCCCGCCUCAAAUAAAAGACUUCCUGUACAUCUGCGACGGGGCUUACUCGAGACGGGACCUGAUCCGAAUGGAACUGAAUUUGCUCAAAGUGUGCGAUUUUAAUCUAGGAAUUCCGAUUAGCUACAGAUUUUUGAGAAGAUACGCAAGGUGUGCCAAAAUAGCCAUGCCAACUUUAACGUUAGCGAGGUAUAUUUUGGAGUUCUGCCUGAUGGAAUAUGAAACGGUCUUGAUAAGGGACUCGAAGCUAGCUUGUGCUGCCAUGUACCUAGCCCUCAAGAUGAAGAAAUUUCCCGGUUGGAAUGCUACCUUAGAACAUUACUCAGGAUAUAAAUUGGAAGAUUUCAAAUCCGUAGCAGUAUUAUUGAACAAAUACCUCCACCAGCCGCCAAAAUCACAAUUGAUGACUGUAAGGAAUAAGUAUUCGCACAAGAUCUUCUUUGAAGUUGCAAAAACUCCGCUCAUCCCACUAGAGGAGGUCUAACUGAAAGAUUUUUAAACCCUUACUUGGACACUAUACAAUCCGUAUUUUGAAAACUAUGUACUAGUUCGUUUUUUACUCUAUUGAAACCCUUAUGUACAAUUUUUCACAGUUUACAGUUCAAUUUGUACAUUUUUAUUGUUCGUUGUGGAAAUAAGAAUCUGAGUGUAA